AUGUCUGAGACGCCGGAGCAAUCGCAGUCUCGGCGUGAACAACACGCUGUUUAUUUGACUUCGCAACGCGCGACUGAGUCUUCACAGCAUAGAGAAACGCGACUCACACAGCAGGCUGAACGACAAGCUAGCCUGUGUAUAUCUGAGACGCCGGAGCAAUCGCAGUCUCAGCGUGAACAGCACGCUGUAUAUUUGGCUUCGCAACGCGCGUCUGAGUCUUCACAGCAUAGGGAAACGCGACUCACAGAACAGGCUGAGCAACAAGCUAGCCUGCGUAUGUCCGAAACGCUGGAGCAGAUGUAG